CUGUUAUAAAUACCCCAGUCUACUGAGUCUACACACUUUUUCCAGGAUGCAGAACAAACAGGUAAACCUGUAACUGAUGCCGAGGUAAAAUGGAUUCUUCUCAGGAAACAGACCCUUCAGAUGAACUGGCUCCUCAAAAUAAUCCUGCUGAAGAGAGAACAGACUCUGUGGAGAAUUCUGACAUGUUUCCACACAACAUUUCUCAUGAAAGAGCAGGACAGCUAAAACCAGACUCUCUGAACACGAGAACAGAGUCGGAGACCCAGGUGAGAGCUGAGGCUACUUCAGAGAGAACAGGAGAAACUCCACAUGAUGGACAGAAACACACGACACUGACAGGUGAAUUAAAAGACAAUCCACCAGAGAAGGUUGUUCUACAGGAGCCCUUACAGUCUUCUCAAGCAGAAGAGGAGGGGUUUGAGAUUUUGUCUCAACAUCAAGAUGAAGUGUCACACUAUUGGCCAGAUAAUGAAGACAGGAACGAAGACUGCAUUUGUGUGAAGUUUUAUGCUGCUCUUCGGAAGGGAGUUGGUUCUUCACAUGAUAAGAUGCAUAUUGUCUUCUCUGACGGAAAUAAAAUUGAGAUGAAGCCAAUAAGAUCUGAUGAAACUGGUCGGAUGUUCAAACUUGACCUUUUUUUUGACAAGUCAUUUACACAAAAUAUUUGUUACACAUACUGUCUUACUGAUAGCAAAGACAACUUUGAAACCCUUGAAUAUGGAAAUCAGAAAUACAAAUACAGAACAUUGGUCAGAGACAUCACUGAGAAGGAUAAAGUCUUUCACCAGUUUGAUGAUGUAUGCAUGCAAACAGGAAAAUGGUAUCAGAAGAAGAAAACUACAGUGCUUAACAAAAUACGAUCCAAAUUCAUUCGUGCAAUGUUAACACAGCUGAUGAAAUGCACAAAUGAGGAUUUAUCAGAGAUGCAAACUACGGCUUUAUUUUUUAUUACUUGUGUUCAAAUAAGACGUGUUAGUGACUCUGAAUUGCCCCUAAUAUUAAAAUCCUGGAAUGAUGUAAAGAAAAAUCUGGACAAAGCAUUUCUGCAUACAAUUAAUGAGUCAAAACUGAACACUCCAGUUCAGUAUGUUCUCGCUGCAGCACUUCUUGCUCAGUUAUUUCGGAUUCAACCUGAGAAAGUUACAAUGGAAAAGCUGUCUGGAAUUGUCAAACAAAAUGGCGAGCUGCAUGGCCCGCUGACGAGUCUCAAUGACACAGUGAGAUUGGAAAUUUCUGAAGCUGUACGUUAUGUGUACAAUCUGGCCUGCCAAACGUCACCAAAAGCAGCACUUUGGUUUAUGGCUCUGUUUUAUGCAGUGUCUCCGGACUGUGUUCAUAAAUUAGCAUAUAAGCAUUGUAUGCAAAAAUUGUCUGCACACAGGGACUUCUCAGAAAUGAUCGAUACACACAUUGGGAUGAUCAAGAGAAAAAAAGAAUUCAGAGAUGCUGUGUUAGACAUGUCUAAUGCGGGAAAUGGACGCUACCUCGUGAAAAUCACCGUUACUCCAGAAGAAUUCUUGUCACUGCUGAUAAAAUGGAAGAAGAGCUACAGUUUACAUGAACUGCAUGAGGAUGUGAAAACAGCAGCCUUGCACAUUAAGGACUGGCUAAAAGAAAGCAGCCAAGAAAGAUCAACUUCAGAAGUACUGAAGAGGGAUGUACGCUCCUGCCUGGAGAAAACGCUGACUUUCCUUGCAAACUCUUUAGUUGACAGAAACUGGAAAGAGCACUGGAACAAUGUCCUGUCAGUACUGCAGCUUCUGAAUGCAUUCACUGACUAUCUGGACCACCUUUCAGAUGAUAUGGACUUGAACACAGAAAAACACAGAGCUACUUUUGUAGAUCUAACAAAGAAUAUGUGUGACUGUAUCAGACAACACCAACUUGGAAACAAGACCUUGGAAUUUAAGCACUGGAGUGCAGUGUUUAAACUUCAAUUGCCAAAAGUUUGGCAAAAACACUGGGAGGAAGUUCUAAAGAAGCAAUUCAAAGAACAUCUACAAAAGAAAAAGAUAACUGAUCAAGUUCGAUACUGCUGUACUUAUACUGAUCUUUGUCCAGCAAUGGAGGACUGCUUGUUAACUUGUGCUCAAAAUGCAAUUAACAAGCAGGUCACUGAGAAAGGAAGCCAGUCUACUUGGAGGGAGCUCCUUAACAUAAUAUCAGAGUCUACUAAACCUGGACUACUGUCCUUCGUUAUCCAAAGCAAGCUGCGUGACCUAGAGUGGAGCGACAAGGACUUUCUUUUCCUUCUGUAUGAUGAACAGCUGAGAGAGAUUUUUCGUACAGUGGAUAAAAUGCGCAUGGAAAAUAUCUGUAUGGCACAUCUCCCAACAAAACAACUAAUACAGAAAGCUCACAAUCUAAUGGACCAACUGAUCGAGGAAAUGAUAAACAAGUCAAUAUCAUGCAGACUACUUAAUGAAAUCAUUAAAAGGAAACAACAUGCCAACCAUUACUUCCUAGGAAAAAACAUGGACAAAUUUUUGAAGACAAUAAAGGAAGCAGAGGAGGAUUUUAAAAAAUUUGAAGGCCAGAAAAGAAAAGUGAAGGUGCUCUAUGACCUUAACCAAGGCAUGCCAGUUGAUGUAAUACAACUUGAGACAACUUUGUCAAUCGAGCUUGACAAGGAGGAACGAUCACUGAAAACUAUCAUGGGCAUGUUGACCAGCGACGAACCUGGAAGUGACACAUAUUUGGUCAAUAUACAGUCAUUUGAAAAGAUUGAUUUUCUGUCUAAAAGCACAUAUUUCAAAGAACUGUGGAGAGAAACAGCAAAACAAGCCAAGAACACAGAGUUUAAGGAUGUUCCAUUAAUUCCACUUGACCAAGUCUACGAUAAUAUUUACAAACCAGCCUUUGAAGAAUUUAAAAACUCCUACAAGGCCUUGAGGGACCUCUCGAUGACUCUUCAGGACUUGAAGAGUAAACUAGGAAAAUAUUUAGAUAGCAUGUCAAACGAACUGAAUACAAUGGCAGAGGUGUUCAGUGAGGAUCCACGUGAAUGGAUUCACAAGACAGAUAAACACAUUAAACUUUAUAGAACUCUUCAGUCUGCAAAAGAAAAUGCAGAAGUGAUCAUUGAACUAAAAAAUAACCUCGGGCUGUGUGGAGAGUUUGAUGACAUUGAUAAACUCAAGAAUAUGGACUUCAGUUGCUUGUGUGAUCUCACUGAAAAUGUGGCCAAAGCUGGAAACGAACUGAAGAAAAUUCCAAAGGAAACAAAUAGCUUUCUAAGACAAUUUAAUGAAUGCAUCAGACGAGGAUUCAUCUCGUGGAUUAAAGAAAUUAUAAAAGACACCGGAGAGCUAACAGCAUUUGUGGAGCUGGCCUCAAUCUCUGCUGGAGAAAAUGCCAUGGACAUUGAUAAAGUGUGCUAUUUCAGAGAUGCCAUAUCUGCUGCUGCACCACUCAUAUAUCAGUUGUCUGAAAGAUCUGGUACUAAAGAGCUCCUGCAAGCUAUCAAUAAGCUUGGAUGUGCUUUGGAAAGUGACAAAGAGCUGCAGAAUAAACUAAAAGACUCCUGCACCAACAUGGAGUGGCUCAAAAUUGCCUAUGAGACUCAUGGUUCUGUUGAGAGGUCGUCUUUGCAACAGGCCACAGAUAUCAAUGACAAUGGGAUUUACAUAAUCAAAAUUCCAUCUGAUGCGCAGAGAAAGAUUAAUCUAGAAAAUUGCCUCACAUUAAGGUGCAAGGAAAAGUUGUCUGAUGGACAGGAUGCAAAAUACAGAACAUACGGUCUUGCUGAGCUUCAAGAUCUGCACAACAAGCUGAUGCUGAUUACUGUCAGUGUUAAAAAUCGAGAGGAUGAAAUCACAACCUACAUUGAGAUUUUGGAGCAGAUAAUAAAUGUGGGAAAGUGCUUCCUUGACCUCCGUGAUGCUGGACAUAUUCUCUUUAAAGACUGGGAGAUGACUGCCUACUGCCAACAAACACAUGAUAUUAAAAUAUGGGUGAAGUUUGGUAUUGCAAAUGUAGAGAUCAAAGGUCACAGAUCGUUGCUAGUUGAGUUGAAAGGACUGUGUGAAAGCAUGAGGAGCUGUCUCUGUGAAUGGUUAAAGUACACAGAGCAGAAAAGGAACACUUACUACUACUUAAAUUUCUUCACAGCAAAGCAGCUAGUCUAUCUGUGUUGCUCUGUGGCUGAAUAUCGGAUUGGGUGGAAGAACAUUAGCACUAGUCUUCUCAACAUGUUAGCCAUCAUGAAGGACGACAUCCAAGAAAGUGAUCUGCAGAACGCUCUCACCAGAGCACUCGAAACCCCAGUUGAAAGUGCUGGAUCCCAAGCAUCAAUCGAGCUUAAGAAGUUCCUCAGUGAUUAUCCAGACAUGAUAGAGUAUUUUCUCGAUACUGGUUUUACAGAGGAAGAGACCAAAGCAGCAAUUAUAUAUUGUGAGGAAGAUGAGCAAGUAGAAGGAGGAGAUACAGACUCAAGGACUGUAGAGGAAUAUCGAGACAGUGUGAUGCAAUGCAUUGAUGAUCAUCAGAAUGAUGAAGAAUGGGUUAAUGAGUGGUGUGAGAAAUACGAGACAAGGCGGGAUAGUGUCCUUAAAAAUCAAAUGAAAUUCAAAGGUGGACUCACGACAGAAGAAGUUUCUUUUUCAAUGACACAGGAGCAGAUUGCAGCAGCAUUUGACAACUUGGAAAAUUCUGAUGAGAAGAUUGUAAUGCUUUGGAAGACAUACCACAACAAACUCUCAGGACUCGUAUCAGACAAGUUUGUAGACUUAGAUGUUCUUGGAGAAACCAUGAACCAUCUUGCUAAAUCUGCUGAAGUAACUGUGACACGAAAACUGCCAAUCACUUUGGAAAGGGGCAAACCCAACCUGAUUUCCUGUAAAGAUAUUGAAAUGCUUCCACUUUGCUUAUCACUGUACAGUGAUAAAGAGCAGUCAUUGCCAACCUAUGAUGAAAUUCUGGUCUGUACCUCUGAGACGACUGCAGAAGAGGUGGAACUGAUCAUUAGGAGAGCUGUACAAACUGGCAGCACACAUGAGAAGAUCUACUGCUUACUGAAUGCAGACCAACUAAAUCAUGAUGUGUCUCGGAAUUUCGAGUCCAUUUUUUACAAAAAAACUCAGGAGUCACAUGUCCAGGGAGGCGCGUCUAAGAACGAUUACCAGUUAAUUAUUUUUUGUGACUCAAAGGCAUAUCACAGUUAUGUUGCCACUGCUUUUGACAUGUUUAAGAGGACGGUUACCGAGAAUCCAAAUCAAAAUGAGGAAAUUAAACAGUACCUCCUUCACAAGCACCAAACUUCCUCAGAAGCUGGAACUGCAUUUACAGAAUUGAACCAACCUGAUAAAUUUCAGCUGAAAACAAAAAUCAUUUUCUCAGAAAAUGCAGGAAUGGGAAAAUCCCUGUAUGUGAAUAAUCUUGUGAAAGAGUCUGAAGGAAGCCUCAGAAGUGCAGGAUUUACUCAUAAAACAAUCCGUAUAAACCAGUCGCACCUGAGGACAGAGGACAUUGUCUCUGAGCUGCGGCAGUAUGAGGACAAACCCACAGACAAAUUCCCGAGAAUCUUUCACUUUGACAUUCCUCCUGUGGUGACAAAAGGACUGUACACCUUUCUGCUGCAGCUGUUUGUGUUGAGGUGUUUCCAGAGCCCUGAUGGGAUCAUAUGGAGAUACAAUCACUCCCACAUUUACUUGGUGGAAUACACAAAACGAAAGCACAGGGAAUGUGACCGGCACAGCUCUGAGAUUUCAUCUCAAGUAGAAGAUGCAUUUUUGGAAAUGUUGCCAUCUGUGAAGUGUCUUUCCCCUGAGGAAACCCUGAGACACCUAGAGCAGCAAGGAUCACAUGAUAAAGACUACCAGCUCAUGGACAAUGCAGAGUUUCGUAGUGAAGCCUUUCAGCGCACUUACCAGUACUUUAAAAUCUACAGACUAAAACAAGACCAACUGGAGAACUUCUCGUUCAGUCCUGGAUCUGUUGAAGAUUCACCAAAAGAAUGGUUGGAGUGCCUGUUGCAGUUCUGUGACAUUAAAAACCCAUCUUGGGGAGAACUCAGAAAUUUUACACACUUUCUAAACAGUCAGUUGAAGAAAUGUGAGCAGUCUAUUUUUUGUAGCGCUGCGUUAAAAGAUGACCUGACAGGCUUUAAAAAAUUUGUUGUGAAAUUCAUGAUGACAAUGUCCAAGGAUUUUUCCAUGAGAUCUCUGAAGACAUCGGAUGACAGUGAUGAGACAGCAGAAGAUGGAGCAGCAGAAGACAUAGUUCUCAGAGAAUUUCAGCUGCGAAGACGAUGGGAACAACAGGCACAUCCUUACAUCUUAUUCAAUGCGGAUAAUGAGUCCAUGACGUUUUUAGGAUUCCACAUUCACAAUUUAGAUGCAGUUGAUGCUCAGACUAAGGUGGUAGUGGAAAAGAGGAUUAUUGAUAAGAGACUUUUUAGCCAGUUGUCAGCUCAAAGAGUGCCCUUUAACAUUAACUUUGAGCAACUGCACCGUGUUGAACAACUUGAUAUUAUUGGCAGAGUGCUAGGAGUCAGUACUGUGAUGGAUCCAGAUGAUACGUAUCAGUUGACUUUAGAUAAUGUGAUGAAAAUCCUUGCGAUUCACCUUCGAUUUGAAUCUGACAUUCCUGUGAUCAUCAUGGGAGAAACAGGAUGUGGAAAGACCCGACUGGUCCAGUUCAUGUGUGACCUGCUGAGAUCAGGGAAGCAGAGACAAAAUCUGAUUGUAGUGCGAGUGCAUGGAGGCACAUCAUCAGAGGUCAUUUACCAGAAAGUGAGGAAGGCAAUCGAGAUUUCAAAAGAGAACGAAAAGUAUAACUUGGAUACAGUGCUGUUCUUUGAUGAAGCUAAUACAACAGAAGCUGUUAAUGCAAUCAAAGAGGUGAUGUGUGACAAGACGGUGAAUGGGGAACGUAUUGAUGCACCUCGCCUUAAGAUCAUUGCAGCGUGUAAUCCCUACAGAAAGCACUCAAAGGAGGCCAUAGAGCAACUGGAAAGAGCUGGACUGGGAUACAGAGUCAGAAGUGAGAAUACGGAGGAGAAACUUGGGCAGAUACCAAUGCGUCAGCUGGUCUACAGAGUUCAGCCAUUACCACCAAGCCUUACUCCUCUGGUGUGGGACUUUGGAAAGUUAAAUGAGCUCACACAGGAGCUUUAUAUCACACAGAUGGUCAAGACUUUCUUUUGCAAAGAAAACCUCCCCAAUGCUGAACAGCAGGCUAUAUUUACAAAGGUAAUCUCUGCCUCUCAGAAGCAUAUGGCAGAGCUUACUGAUGAAUGCCGGAUGGUCAGUCUCAGAGACAUAGAGCGAUGCUUGAAAACAGUCAUGUGGUUUUAUCAACAAAGGCACAAAUUAUUUAAGGAAAUCGACAAAAUUAGAGGAAACAAAGGAGGCGUUGAUGAUGAUCUGGUGCGAUCUCUUAUACUUGCAGUCGGAGUCUGCUACAUGGCUUCACUAGAGAAACGAAAUGAAUACUUGGAACAAGUUUCAAAAGCUUUCUCUCUGUCCUGCAGUGAUAUUCGGACAGAGAUUGAGCUUUGUAAAGAUGCAUUCAUCUCAAACGUCGACUGUCCAACUUCAGUGGCAAAGAAUGAAGCUCUGAAAGAGAAUGUAUUCAUGAUGGUUGUGUGCAUGAACUUAAGAAUCCCUUUGUUUCUGGUUGGAAAACCUGGAAGCUCAAAGUCUUUGUCCAAGACAAUUGCUGCUCAUGCAAUGCAGGGCAAGGCUUCUCCAAAUGAUCUUUUUAAAGGAUACAAGCAGGCACAGCUGGCCUCAUUCCAGUGCAGCCCACACUCAUCUCCUGAUGGCAUCAUCUCAAUAUUCAGGCAGUGCGCACAGUUUCAGAAUGAGAAAAAUUUGAACGAAUAUGUUGCUGUUGUGGUCCUGGAUGAAAUUGGAUUGGCAGAAGACUCUCCAAAAAUGCCACUGAAAACAUUACACCCCCUCCUGGAAUACGGAUGUGUUGAUGAUGAAAGUCCUAAUGAGUUCAAGAAAGUUGGAUUUAUUGGAAUUUCCAACUGGUCAUUGGAUCCAGCAAAGAUGAAUCGUGGUAUUUUGGUUCUGAGAACAUCUCCUGAGACAGAGGAGCUGGAAAGCACAGCUCGUGACAUUUGUUCAAGUGAUAAGGAACCAGUCAAUACAGAGAUUGCAUGUUUGAUUCCAAAGCUUACCCAGUUCUACUUAAAAGUGCUUAAAGAACAGAAAACUGAAUUCUUUGGACUCAGGGAUUUUUACAGUCUCGUAAAGUUGAUUGUGUCUUAUGCCGUUACAGAAAAUGGCAGUCCAUCAGAUGAGGAUCUAACGAGAGCUGUGCAAAGGAAUUUUGAUGGUUUGGAUUCUCUCAAUGUUUUGGACAUUUUUUCAACUCUUUAUAAAUCAAGAACUAAGAAAUGUGACACGGUCUCACUUCUCAGAGAAAACCUGGACAUAAGGACCUCAGGAUUUACUUCCAGGUACCUUCUUCUGCCGACAAUCAAUCAUGCUGCUCUUCAGAUUUUAAAAUCCCAGAACAUCAUUGAUGAAAGCAGUGUUGAAAUCAUCUUUGGCUCAGGAUUUCCACAUGAUGAGGAAUACUCUCAGGUUUGUCGCACAGUAAACAGAGUAAAAACAUGCAUGGAGACAGGAAGGUCAGUUGUCCUUCUCAAUAUUCAGAGCCUAUAUGAGAGUCUCUAUGAUGCUUUGAAUCAGUGCUACGUAAAAUUAGGUGGGAGUUACUACGUCGACCUGGGACUAGGAUCCCAUAGAGUUAAAUGCAGAGUCAAAGAUGAAUUUCGACUGAUUGUCAUUGAAGAGAAGAGAACAGUGUAUGAGCAGUUCCCAACACCACUGCUAAAUCGACUGGAAAAACACUGCUUGGAGAUGAGCAAUAUUCUCCCAGACCAUGCUCAGGAGAUGAAGACUGAAUUGGAGGACUGGCUAAACCUAUUUGUUACACGGGAUUCAAAUAAACAAAACCAGCUCCUUACCACCAGUAGGAAAUACGACACUAUAGUUGGCUACACAGAAGACACAUGCGCGUCUAUCCUUCUGGUGUGCGCUCCACAAAUAUUGUCCCAGGAACUGGAUCAAGAUGAGAGAGUGAAAGUUCUUGAAAAGGCCCAGGAAAUGCUUCUACAGUGUGCAACCCCAGAUUCAGUUUUGAGAGCAACUAAUUACAUGGAGGAACAUUCUGAGAGAUUUCUUGAGGUGUAUUUUGCAAAGCAGCCACAUGGCAACCUAAUAGAAGCUUUAAGAAAAUACAGAGAGACGGAAACCGAUGGAAUUUCCCUUGAGGUAUCCACAUAUUCUCGACUGCUCAAUAAAAGAGAUGUGGAGAAAAUCAGUAAGGAGCUUGACAUUGUGGAAUGUGAUUCCUGUCUCUUCCUGCUGAAUGAAUUUUACACAGAGCAGUCAUUUUCUCAAACAGUGAGUGAAUUUGUUGCUGCUGAUGCAGGAGCACGCAAACUCCUGCUUCUGCAGUCUUACUUUAAUGAUCCAAAACAAAGUCAGCGACUUCUCUUCUGUGUGAGACACAGCAUUUCACGGAUCAGAUGUUCAGCCUCACAUGGAGCUGCUUUUGAUGUUGUCCUUCUCACAAGGCUCCCUCGGAUUUCAGGCGGCUGUGGAUAUAUUGCUACAUUUGGAGACGGCUGGGUUUCACUACACAUAGAUGAACUAAUCGGAACUCCAGGAUUUCCAGGAAAGAUUUAUGAACUGCAGAAAUGCACCACUGUCUCAGAGACACUCGCAAAAAGUUCCAAUUCUGCAGCAGGCAAUCCUGAUGUGGAUAGUCCUAAAACCACAUUUUCUGAAAAACAGCAUGUCUUGGUUGACACACACUUGUUAAUGAAGAAGUCUUUACAGAAGGGAAUUAUGCAGCUACGCGACAAAGCAGAUAACACACAAAGAGCAACAAAACGUAUAGAGAUUCUCCAUGGGCUGCUACAGAACAAAUACUCUGCAUCUGAUGCUUUUAUUAAAUCACUGGAAAGGAGAAUAGUCAGUUUCCUCUCAGAGCUGGAGAAAAAGAAAGGAAAAGAGAACUGGGUUGUUGCUCAGGCACGUUCUGAUCGUUUUGUUGCCGAAGGCAGUUCAUUCAGGCAUGUGCUGUGGGUUCAUCUGGAGGACAGCGUAGCCUUAGCCAUUGCCCACAUACUGGCAGUCAUUGAUGGAGACAACAACCUCGAUAAUCUGAUCAAUGAUCAGCUGUUGGAAAAGGCUGACUUCUGGCUGAAUGUGUUUCAGGAGGAUCACUGGGAUCUGCUGCACAUUCCUGUCACUAUCUAUCAGGGGUCGGUAUUUGUUCUGUCAACAAGUGGAGACCAGACAAAGUCAUGGACUUGUCAUUUCCCAUUUAGCUGGGCUUUAAAAGAGAGAUUUGAGGAGAUUUGGUCAUGUGUCAUCAAUCUGGAAGGACCAUGUGGUAAGCCUUCUAAAAGGUACUUUGAGAAGUUUGAAGAACUGAUACCUCUCCCCUGGAUUAAAAGUAUCACACAAGGCCAUAAGCUGUUUGCUCUGUUUUCUGAAGAUCUUGUAAACAUCUCAAUGCCAUCAUAUCCACACGAGCUAAAUAAGUCUUUUUCAGAUACACUCACUAGACUCACACCACGUCUCUAUCACAAUUUAACGGGAAAAGUUCCUGACUCUGUUCCUCUGCCAUGGCUGUAUGUAGUUAAUAAGUAUUUGCAUGACAACCAUCAGCUUCUCUACACUUUAUUUUCCCAAAACACAGAUGUGGUCACUGCUGGGGAAGCAACUGAGGCACUCAGCCAGGUUCUUCAGGGCCUUCAGCCAAAAGAAAAUGAGCUGAAAGAUUUUGUCAGCUGCCAGGAGUGGCUAAAGAAAGUGAAGUCCGUGUCUGUGACUGUUGACUUGAUACUUUCAGAGGACUCACCGGUAUCAUGUCAUGCUGAAAAUGCAGAAAUGCUAAUCACAAAAAUCAGACUUAUUUGGCAAAGUAGCUGGAUAAUGUAUCUACUGAUGGACCACCUACUACAAAAUGAGCAGGAAAUGGAAAAAAAAUUGCUGACCAUUCUUGUAAGAAAUCUGUUGUUUGCAUGGAAGAAACUAAACUCAGAAGAAGGGAAACAGAUGGAAUUUGUGAUUGAUCAAGUCAUCCUGACUCUGGCUAAAUGUAGCAAGAAUGCUUGUAAUGUGUUUAAAGUCGUAUGUGGCUACUGUGAUAAAGACUUCACAGAGGAAAACACAGCUGAGGUGGAAUGUGGACACAUGUUUCACAUAUCUUGUUUAAAGGAACAUGAAGACUCACAGUGUAGGAAGUGCAAAACACCGAUCAGUCAAGACUACAAACCUUGUGGAGUUGUGGCCAAAGACACUUUUCUAAAAGUGAACCGAUUUAGAAGAAAGUGCAAUUCCUUCUUCGUGGAGUUCAUGUGGAACUUUAUCAGUAGCAAAGAGCAGCUGACUGACAACGUAUUGAACAAACUCAUGGACUAUGUAAGAUGUAGCCCAUCUACAGAAGCUACAAGUGGGAGGUCCACGUUACAGCAGUACAUGAACCCAGACCCGGCUGUCCAGUCUCUCGUACUCAAGAUCCUACUGAAAUGCGGAAUGGAGGAAACAGCACCUCAGCUCCAGAGGUUUAUUGAAGAGGCUGUGAAAUCAAAUGAGAGGAACGCUGAUGAAAUCUACUUCAUGGUGGUGCGCAGCAUCGAGGAUCACAUCCACUUUUCCAGUCAAGGAUGUCUCAUAAACAACGCAGUCAAAUGUCUUGGUACCUGUGUGUUUAUCGAGUCUGACCACAACAUGAAUUCUGAGGAUCUAUACACCAUCGCGAAACUGCGGUUUGCCAUCACGGUUGCGUCUGAGGCCAUCAGGAUUGUACUGUGUGAAGAGGUCACAGAUGAUGCUGAAGAGUGCAGACAUCUCCUACAACGCUUGAAACAGCUUUUGUCUGACACGGACAACCCUUGGAUACAGAUAUUCCUUUUACGCAACAUCUGUGAGACGCAUGGAUUCAGCCUGGUCCAUCAACUGGGACAGAGUGAGAGGUUUCAGUGGACUAUACCGAGUCGGGUGUUAGAAGAACAGCAGGACUCUACACGAGCAGUGGAUCAGUUCCUGAUGUAUGGACAAAUGUAUGAGAAGAUAGUCGUAGACUCGUUCAGAGCUUUAGAAGAGCCUUCACAUGAGAUUGCACAGGAGUUUGAAGGCAGCACAUGUUUCCGGGUGUGUAUGGCGUUAGCUGCAUUCAGGCAGCUCACACAGAACACAGCUUCGGCUGACAGUACAGGCUCUCUGAUGACGAAGAUGAAGAUGAAGUCAAACACAGACACCAGCUGGGGUCAGCUUGUUAAAAUCUCUCAAUCAGAGCUUGAGGAUUGCAGUCUGUCACAGAUUAUCUUACACACUGCCCUAGUAGCACACGUUUCUACAGCGCCAGAGAUGAAACUUCUAAACACUCUGUGCUUCAGUCCAGGAAACUGCAAGGAUUCCUUCAUCCCAACUAUGCCUAACUCAAUAAAUGAAAUAAAAGACUGGAUUAAAAACUUUAAAUCCGAAGCUCCAUCAGAAAAUCUGAAGAUAUGGGUGUGUGUUUGUGGAGAACCUGUUUUAAUUGGCAAUUGUGGGAGACCAUAUGUAACAUCAGAGUGUGCAAACUGUGGCAGUAAAGUUGGUGGUGAGAGACACACACCAGUAGAAGGUUUCACAGAGUUCAGUAAUGUACAGGGCAGCGGAAAAGGUCACAACCUCGGUGAUCCUAGCAGACGGAAGGAGCAGGUUGGAGAGAGGAGUCUUUAUGGUGCUAACCUCCACUUGGUGCGAGCUUUAAUACACUCCUCCAUGAUCUGGGGUACGACUGAACACACUGAGGAUGUUCAGAAUCUCACUGAGAUGCCACAAGGAGCAUUGGAUAUCAGGAAGCACCUCUUUGACCACCUUCAGAAGGACAUUGAGCUGCUCGCCCAAGCUUUAGGAAAGAGUGAGCAAGAUGCUGAGAUGACCGUCCACUUGUUUCUGAGGUUCAUCUUGGAGAGCUCCUCUGAGCCGAACCUUCAGAUCCAAAUAACAGACAGUGAGGAAAAACGGGAAGAAUGGGAGAAAGUUAUUCACCAAAGACUUCAGGCCUUCUUUCAGAAUUUUGAGGCACAACUAUUGGAGGUUCAGAGUAAUAUGCUGAAGUUAGCUGGUCUGGGUACUUUGGAAAAGAUGAUCUACAGUAAGGAGCCAGCACUGACGGACCUGCCUACCUCUGGAGUGUUCAACCUUCCGAUCAUGUGGAGCUUCACACAGAGGAUGACCAUCCAGCGCUUCAGUCACUUAAUUGAGCAGGAAGAUGAAAGGAAAAAUGUUCCUCUUCUCUCAGAACUCCUAAAAAGUCAUGUUCACAUUGGACACAUCAGAUAUCUCCCUCAGGUUUUGAGCCUUCAGCAGAAACUGAUGUGCUAUUUUGUGAAUCUGGAUCUGCAGUGUUACAAUAAUGUGCCUAUUAACACCUUCAGGAAGGAGAAUGUGGCAGAUCAUGAACAACAGGACUUCAGCGAAAGUGCUGAAAUUAUGAAGCUGUUAUGGAAACAUUUAAAGUCAAUUAAUUACCCACAGGUAACAGCCGAGCUGAAGGAAAAAGAUGACUUAACGAUCCUGGACUUCCUACCAACGGAAGACUCCGUGGCACAGAUUAUAACAAAGUACCUCGUACAGAUGCAGAACAAGUUCAUAGAAAAGACCAACCCGACAGCAGACAGGGUGAUCACUGCUCAGGAGCUCAAGCCUUCCCAUGUCAUCACUUGUGUUCCUGAGCAAGACUUCCUCACUAUUGCCAUUUCAAACAUCGACCACAUGGUGUACGAGGACGGGAAACAGAGCACCAACUAUAACUUUCAAACUGUGGAGCGGCAGAUAAUAGAUCGAUUCUUCAAAGAGAAACCCAUGAUCAAAGUCACUACGCUUCCAUUAUUUAAACACGACACUGGAACAACGCUGCGUGCCUUUUUCAGAACAGUGCAGGACAAGCUGGAACCCUUGAAAACCAACGAAAGGAACUGCAUCAUGAAUGAUUUCCGGUUUUUGAAUGAGAUUUCUGCAGCUCUCUCCACCCUGCGGAUUGUUAUUGGAUUCCUGAAGCUGUCAUUUCCUGCACCAGAGCAGAAGCUCAUGGCGUACGUAAAGAAAGACCUGAAGCUGGACGACAGAGCACAGUCACUGAACUUGCAGGUGCUGAGAUCCAGCCAGGUGAAGCACAUCCAGGAUCUGUGGGAAGCAUUAUCACUUAGACAGUCAUCACUGCUCAUCGAGAUGAAUCAGAAUCCCUUUAUCAUGAUUGAGGAUCGCAGUUUUCAUGAGAUGUUCACAGACAACCAGAAUAAUAAAAAUAAGACAAUUCUGGCAAACAUCACUAACUUGGACGUCCUCAUCACCGAGCUUCACUACGUGAUCCUGAACAUCAAGCUGAAUGAUGUCCGUCCAAACUGGACAGUUCUGGAAACAUUUGAAGCCUUCCUGGAAUACAGAGAGAUCAACGAGAAGGCCGUCGACUGUCUGAGGGAUCUUAAAGAAAUAGAGAUGAGACACAGCAUCGCUCUGUGGAAACUAGCAGUGCAGAUCAAGAAAGGAAUAAAACAUAGUGAAUCUGUGUGAAGUGAAGCUGCAGCACACAGGCAUCCACAUAGUUAAUCCACAUAAAUACUAUAAAGCUUCAUUUACUUUCUUCAACCUUAACUGUAAUCAGAAUUUCUUCUCUUUUCUUGCAUGUGAAUUAGAACACAAACGAAUAAGCAUUCUAAAUGAACUUCAAUAUAAUAUUAAUGCUGUCACGGGGGAGCCUGUGCCUAUCUCAGGCGUCAUCGGGCAUCAAGGCAGGAUACACCCUGGACGGAGUGCCAACCCAUCGCAAGGCACACACACACUCUCAUUCACUCACGGACAAUUUUCCAGAGAUAUAUUAAUGCUGUUUGUUAUUAAAAUAGAGUCAUGUCUUGAAAUGCCACAUUUAAAAAAAAAUGUUUCUUUUUAGCUCCUAAGGGGAUUUCAUUAGGGUUUAUUUGUUGAGGAUUAUCAUGAAGGCUUCUAAAAGUUUUAAAAAUGUGUGAUGGGUACAGUCACUUUAAACUGGAUCCCUGUGUUCUUUUUCUAAUACAGUUAUUAUUAAUUGGAUUAUUUCUGUUCUGAAGAUCUAUGAUCUAUGUUCUAUGAUUUCUGGGCAAUUAAAACAUAUAAAGUUC